AUGGCUCCAGCGGCGACUGCGGUGAAACCAAAACCUAAUGAGGAUCCCAUCGGAAUUAGAGCGGUACUGUUGGGACCGCCAGGAUCAGGCAAAGGAACUCAAGCUCCACAUCUAAAAGAAAAAUACUGCGUAUGUCAUUUAUCAACUGGGGACAUGCUACGUGCAGAAGUUGCGUCUGGAUCAGAGCUUGGCCGGCGCUUAAAGAAAGUGAUGGAUGAGGGUAAACUCGUCUCUGAUGAGAUGGUUGUAGACAUGAUAGACAAAAACCUUGAUCAACCAGAAUGUAAAAAUGGUUUCCUGCUUGAUGGGUUUCCAAGGACUGUACCGCAGGCUGAAAAGUUAGAUGAUUUGCUGAGCAAGAGAAAAACGCAACUUGAUGCUGUAAUUGAGUUUGGCAUCCAAGAUAGCCUCCUCGUGCGCCGAAUUACUGGGAGGCUGAUUCAUCCAUCAAGUGGUCGCAGCUACCAUGAGGAAUUUCAUCCUCCUAGGAAGCCAAUGAUUGAUGAUGUAACUGGGGAGCCGCUAAUCAGGCGCUCUGAUGACAAUGUUGAUGCCCUAAAGAAACGUCUUGCUACAUAUCAUGCACAAACAGUACCCCUUGUAGACUACUACAUGAGGAAAGGUCUUCACUGGAGAGUAGACGCGUCGAAAUCCGCAGAAGAGGUCUUCAGUAGAAUUGACAACAUUUUUAAAGGUCGUAUUUUUAGCAGAGAAAGAGCUGCUCUUUAA